UUCCGGAGAACCCUAUGGAGUAAUGGAGGGGAUCCACCAGACGUCGACGACCGCCGCCGCCGCGGCGGCGGCGUCUGAGCCCCCGAGCAAGCGCCCCCGCGGCGCCGGCGAUGGCGGCGGCGCCGGUUCCGCGGCCGCCGUCAAGGGGAAGGAGGAGGAGGACAGGCUCGGCAACCUGCCGGACUGCCUCCUGGAGGACAUCCUCGCGCAUCUCACGUCCCGGCAGGCCGUGCAGACGGGCUUGCUGUCGCGGCGGUGGCGGAACCUCUGGCGCGGCGUGCGGGCCGUCGACAUCGACGUGCGGGAGCUCCGCGUCGAGGGCCCCAACGGCCCGUACUUCGACCGGGACCGCAUCGAGGACCUCGCCGACGCCAUCCUGUCGCCGGGGCCGCUCCCGGGCGCCGCGCGGGAGCUGGACGCCCUCCGGUUGCACCUGCACGAGGACGCCCUGGCCGCCAACUUCCAGAGGUGGAUCCGCCGCGCCCUCCGCCGCCGCCCCGCGUCGAUCGACAUCACCUACGUCGUCCGCACCUGCAUCAGCUGGCCGCCCCCCGUGACCCUGACCCCGCCCGCCGCCGCCAGCCGGAUCAAGACCCUGCGCCUCUACGGCCUCCGCCCGACGAUUGCCUUCGGGGCCCUCGAGUUCCCUGCCCUCGAGGACCUCCACAUCGAGAAGUGCGCGUACCCCCACGGCUCCAUCGCCUUGCCAACGCUCAAGAGAUUCGCCCUCAUCUCCCCCAUCAACGGCAGCUUCAUCCGUGAGCAGCACCUCACGGCUCCCCGCCUCACCUCACUGCGCCUCGUCCUCCCGUACAACCGCGUCCAUGGUGGGGUUAGAGUGCUCGCCGACGCGCCGCUCGUGUCGCUCGUCGACGCGUCGAUCAGCAUAUUCGACACCGAUCCCGUGGACCAGAGGAACCGACGGCCGAACCAAAUCCAGGUUGAUUUCUUCGUUUCCGUCAGCAACCUGAUCGGCCGCCUCACCAGCGCCAGUAAUCUCGACCUGUCCGGGUUCCCUGCAAUGGCACUCUUGGACACUAAAUCCCAAGAAAUGUCAAUGUUCCCCCAUCUGACAUCCUUGCUCCUCGACGAGUGCGACAUCGGAAACAAGUACCAUGUGUUGAAUAGCAUCCUGCAGAACGCCCAAAAUCUGGAGCAGCUUAAACUGCACAAUUGCAAGUUUGUAGGUAAAUCGAGGAGGAAGAUGGGGAAACCCAAGUCGAAGGAGAAAACUUCCAGAUGCUCUAGCUCAACAUCGCCAUCUUUCGUGUGCAACAGCUUGAAGUCAGUGGAAAUCAAGUAUCCGCGCGAUGACGUUCCUUCUCAUGACUUUUUAUAUGAAUUUCAAAAGGAAACACCAGCCAAUCAAUGGAGGAAGAGAUCGAUCGACAACGAGGAGACGGCUUUAGUCGAGCUUCAGAGAAAGUGGAACAAAGGAGAUGCAAAAUAUGAGGCAUAGUUUUAUUUUUAUGUGAAACAGUUUGACCAAUUUAGUUUGACUUCAUAUAUAAAUCAUAUAUAGGUAGAUCUUAACUACCAUUAUCUAGUUGCAUUGUCAAAUGUCAAGCGAUGUUAUUUAAAAAGAAAAGGUAAAGCGAUCGAAUGUUAGCACCCAUGCUUUGUUACUACAGCACAUUGGGGUUGGGGUUCAAAUCCUAUGCAGAAUUACCUCCACGGUA